AUGCUUGUCUGUCGCCGUGGUUAUUCUCUUGUGACUUUUCCGCGGCCUGGAAGUCUCAGUGCUGCGGUGGCGUCCAUCCAGCUGUCCAGGGCCCCGUGCAGCUCUGCAGCUUCCCCCUCUUCUCCCUCCUUGAAUUUCCUCCGUUCCGCGACACCUGGCAAGGUUCGCGUGCGUAUCCGCACCCGCGACGGAGCCGUGCACGAGCGUAUGUACAAGGACGGCAACAACUUGAUGGAGUCAAUCCGCGAUGACUCUACGUUGUCGGUGGAUGUCCCGGGAGCCUGCAACGGCACCUGUCAGUGUUCCACCUGUCAUGUUCUUCUUCACUCUUCGGAGUGGGCGCGCAAAGUGGAGAGUCUGUUUCCCAUCACUGACGCGGAGCAGGAUUGCCUUGACAAGGCGCCUGAUGUCUCGGAUACCUCACGGCUCGGAUGCCAGCUCACCUUGUCAGACGAGCUCAAUGGACUGGAAAUCGACCUACCAAAGCGCACGCUGGAUGUGCGAUGGCAGGCCACCUUUCGGCGCACCACCUCGAAGUGA